GUAACGAACGGAAGAGGCUCGGCCAGACAUGGUAAUUGGUAAAACUUAAAAAAGUCCAAAUGAAAACAACAGUUGAAGGGAGUAACGUAAUCUCAUCUCUCCACCAACAUUCAUUCCCGAGCUGAGUCACCUCGCCGCUGCGCUUUCAAAUGGGUGCUGCAGAACCUGUGGUGGUUGAGAGAGGGAAUGAAAAUGAAGCUGUGGCAAGGGAGAAGGAACAAGACAUGGAGAAAGGGGAAGUGGUUGUUGAAGGGAGAAAUGAUCAUGAAGAAUCUCACCUCUCGAGUCUCCACAGGUUGAACCCCACUAACCCUUUGAGGAUUGUGAUUAAUAGCUCCACCAGAGUUGCAACUCCUUCUCCUGUUCAAUCUCAACGAUCUCACACUCACACUCACACUCACACGCGCUCCACUCCAAUUCCACAAGUCCAACACCCCAACCCGGCGACCCUGAAUUCCAGAAAAUAUACCAACAAAAUAUCCUUGUUUCUCUUUGUCCUCCACUUGUUUUUAGCUGUUGCGCUGGUGUGUUUUCUUGUGUUCAAGGGAGUUCAAGGGCUUAUCCAAGAAUCAGAAUCCAACAAGAGGAAAGAGAAAAACGUGUUGAAGUACUUUCUUCCCCAAGUGGAGGCUGCAUCUUUUAUGAGCAUAAUCCUUGCGUUUAUUUGGCAAGGGGCGAUUAGAAAAUGGCCCACUUUUAUGCUUCAUUUCACACUGUGGUUUACUUUUGUAAUGUCUCUGGCUGCUGGGGUUCUCCUUAUUUGCUUCCAAAAGCCUGCCACUGAUGGUGUUGGAGUCUGUUUCAUUGCCUUUGCAAUUGGCAAUGGCUUAUAUGCUUGUUGGGUUAGUCAUAGAAUUAAGUUUUGUUGUAAGGUCUUGAGUUUGGCUCUUCAACCUGUGUCCAAAUUCCCUGAUCUGAACAAACCCACUUAUCAUGUGCUUGGGGUUGGAUUCUUGUGGAUAUCUCUAUGGAUUUUAGCAGUGAUUGGAGCAUUGAACUUCUAUUUUCCUCCUUUGAUCAUCAUUGCAUUGGUGUUAAGUCUGGCUUGGACUACUGAGGUCAUGAGGAAUGUUGUUAACAUCACUGUUAGUAGGGUUGUUGCCUUGUAUUACAUUAGAGGAAUGCAAUCUAGCACCCAAUUUUGCUUUCUCAGAGCCCUGACUCGGAAUCUUGGAAGUGCUUGUUUGGGGUCUCUCUUUGUGCCUACAAUAGAAGCCCUGAGAAUUGUUGCCAGGGGACUGAAUUUGCUUGAGGGAGAAGAUGAGUUCAUGUUUUGUUGUGCUCAUUGUUGUUUAAGAGUCAUGGAAUCCAUUUUCAGAAAUGGCAAUGGCUGGGCAUAUGUACAGAUAGCAGCAUAUGGAAGGGGUUUUGUAGAGGCAUCCCAGGUCACUUGGGCCCUCUUUGAGAAGGAAGACAUGGUGUCAAUCGUAGACGCAGAUAUAACCAGCUCAAUUUGCUUCCUCACUGGAGUUUGCAGUGGCUCUAUUUGUGUCAUUGUUGUGGCUGCUUGGACCCAUAAAGUACACCAAAGUUUCACAGCCACCCUGUCCCUCCUCACAUUCUUCAUUGGAUACCUUUUGACUAGGAUUGCCAUGGCAGUGCCGCAUGCCUGUGUGAGCUGUUACUAUGUGUGCUAUGCUGAGGAUCCAGAUAAUAGAUUGUUUGAUAGAACAAUUAAGGAUCGUCAGGCCUUGUUAAAAACUGGCCGUGAUGUGGUUCCUACGCCUAGGGGAAUUAGGAGAUAUACAAGGACCUAAGUGCAUAGUUUGCUUCUUUAUUUUGAUUGAUUUUAGGACAUGGUUUAUGUGACCGUGAGACCAAAAGCUUUGAAAUUGAAGUCAAAUGUCAAUUGAUGGUGGCUGGCUGAGGAGGUGGCGUAGUUGAGAAUGAUCUGGCUUUAAGGGGUUGAGCCAUUGUGGGAAUCGAAGAAACGUGGAGCAAAUGCAAAAGGUAAUCAACUAGUCCACUAAAGAAAAGGACUUGUGGUCCCCUCCUUGUAGUGUUGUGUAUAUUUUUUUGCAUGUAUACUUUUAGGAUAUUCCAUAAGGUGAAGUCCCAUCAUUAUUUUAUUAUAA